AUAAAUCAACUUUAAAACAGUUCCGUUAACGACAGUAGAGACGCGCUCAUAUUUGAAUGACCGUUGCACGUUAACUAGGAUGGCGUCUGUGGUGUUGCGGCAAUUUCGAAGGGACGUAGCGAGUUUUGAAAAUUUUGACAACGACGUCGAGCAUGGCAGAUAAUCAGCAGAGUCGAUUCGAGAAGUCCCUCGGAUUACUGACUACUCGCUUCGUUACUUUACUGCAGAAAGCAAAGGACGGCGUGCUAGAUUUGAAAGUCGCUGCAGAUAUCUUGGAAGUUAGGCAAAAGCGACGAAUCUAUGAUAUCACAAAUGUCCUUGAGGGUAUCGGCCUUAUAGAAAAGAAGAGUAAAAACAGCAUUCAAUGGAAGGGUGCAGGACCUGGUUGCAACACUCAGGAGGUUGGUGACAAGCUGAUCGACCUAAAGGACGAGAUCAGAAAAUUGGAAGAUCAUGAACAUCUACUGGACACGCACAUGCAGUGGAUUCAGCAGAGUAUAAAGAAUAUAGAGAAUGAUGUGAUAAAUAGGAAGUAUGCAUAUAUCACUUACGAGGAUGUAAAAGAGAAUUUUCAAGAACAAUUUGUACUAGGAAUUCAAGCUCCUUCUGAUACAGAAUUAACAGUACCAAAUAUUUCAAAGGAUAAUGCUGUAUUAAAUUACAACAUGCACUUGAAGAGUAAUUCAGGUGAAAUCAAGGUGUAUACAAUCCAACCUGAGUUAGCUAAAACUUAUGAUAAUAAAGUAUUAGAGAUGCGAUUACAAGAGGAAUCUAAAGGCAUAAAGCGGAUGAGUGAAGAGGAUGAAAAGAAAGAAGAAGUUAUUGUCAAACCAAAGAGGAAAGUUGGCAGGCCACCAAAAAGCAGCACUAAGCCAGAUCCAGUAUUAUCCGACGACGAGGAAGAAGAAGAUGCAGAAAUAAUAGAAGCUAAAAUAAUACUGCGUGAUGUAAACACUACAGAUAAUUUUCAAAAUGAUGUAGAGUUGCUUGAACAACUUUAUUCUGAUUUUUGUGGACCAUUAGUAAGACUCAGUCCACCACCAGGAGAAAGAGAUUAUCAAUUUAAUCUUAGUGAGAAUGAAGGUAUAUGUGAUUUGUUUGACAUUGCAACGCAAUGAGUGUUGGUUUAGUAUAGCAUUUUGAUUUAUACAACGGACCGUGCCAACAUUAAACAGUGCGAAAUUUGGGCAUCUACUGAAAUUGGCAUUAAGGAGAAUUUGUGCACAUAAUUUUAAAGAGUUGAGUGGGAAUUGCAAUCAUUGAGAGAGAAUAUACAAUAUUUUUUUAUUAAAAAUUUGAGAAAAGCUUAAGAUGCAACAUUGUAAAAAUGUACCUUUGUACAACAAAUGUUUUGGCUGCUGUCCUUGUUUUGUACAGUGGUGGAUGUAGGAUAUGAAAAGUUUUCAGGACGUCUUUUUAUAUACGUAUUAGAAAAGAAAUGACCUUUGUAACUUUAGGAUCACUAUGCAAGCUUGCUUUAUGAUACAUAAAAAUUAAUGAUGUAGAUACAUAUAAUUAUAUAUUUCAAAUAUAAUUAUACAUUUACGGGGCGAAUUAUCAAUAUCGUGAUUAACAAAUUACGAUUCUAUGUUACAUACAAGACAAGAAGCUGGUUAUAAUAUAUAUACAUGUACAUACAAAGGAAAUCUAGUGAUUUUUAUAAUUAGCGCAAUAAAUUGUCAUAAAGUAAGCUUUUCUCUAAUGUUGAACUUUUGUAAGAAUUUACCUACAAGUGUCGGCGUCUUAGGCAGAAAUUAUAUUAUGUAUCAUCGUGCAUGUAUUCUGCAUCUUAAGAUAUUUUAUUGUAAUUGUAUGUACACACAGUCUCCUAUUUACCACCACAGCCAGUUACUAUUGACAAUACAUCUAUCUAUUCAUAUUUAUGUACAGUAUAUUUUCCUUAUCGCAGAACAAUAUAAAAGAUCGUUGAAUCAGUUA